CCUCUAGUGGCAGUUCUAUAUCAACAACGCCCUCUACGUCGCGUGAUGUUGAUAUGUGUUUCUUGCCUGAUUCCCUUCAGUAUUAUGAUGACGUCAUUUGUAUCUAAAAUAGGUCCUCUUCGAAUAUUGAUGUCAAUAUGCGGGCUAGGAAACUGCAUCCUCUUGACAACUGCCUCAAUCACACUAAGUAAUCUCGCCAGCCAACACUUUAAUCUCAUCUAUAGUAUUUCGACUUGUGGAAUAGGGAUAGGUGUUGUGAGCCUGUCGGCCUUGACUUUAUACCUUGGGGAGUGUUACGGCUGGAGGGGCGGUACUCUGAUCCUUGGUGCACUUGUGGGUAACAUCAUACCCUGUGCUGCUGCCGUGAGAUUCCCGGCAACUUCCGGUUGGAGAAGAGUGGACGAUUGCAGACCCGGACAAGGAGAUGUCGUGGAGGAAAGUGAAGGUUUUCCUAGUACUUCUUAUAGUCGCGGUGUAGAAAUGGGUGAUGAAGAAGAAGAGUCCGAUUCAGACAGCAGUGUGAUUGACACCUCGCGGAGAGAAUCGUAUCCUUUAAUUGAUGAGGCGCCCUCAUGUGGUGUAGAGGAAGGAACCACUGAGCAACUGGACAGGGAUUGUGAGUUACCAAACGGAUUCCUUCGCAGGAUAGUGUCCGGUAUUCAGGAGUCUGAUUUUUACACCGAUCCAGCGUUCAAUUUCUUCUUUAUAGCAAUGUUUCUUGUGUCCCUUGGAUACUGCGGCUGGCAUUCCUUAAUCAUUCCCAACGCUUUAGAAAAGGGAUUCAACGUACAAGAAAACCUUAUUCUUCUAUCGCUCUCUGCAGCGAUCGGUGGCAUCAGCGGAAGGGUUGUCGUCGGUCUCCUUUGCGACAAUCGAUUCAGUCCUGUCACCGUUUACCUCGUAUGUACCGUUCUUGAUAUAGCCUCCCUACUGUGUGACGUCUUUUUAUCUACUCUCUAUUUGAUUAUUGUGACGACAUGCAUUCGAGCAGGAACAAUUGGAGGAAGGGCAAUAUUGGGAACUCUAGCAGCUCGCGAGAGGGCGUCUCUCGGCAAGAAGGAUGUUGUUUUCGCCGCUGGACCGUUUUCCAUGGGUAUAGGAACGUUGCUUGGAGACUUCUAUUCAGAUAAAAUACCUCAUAUAUCAUCCUCCUAUGACGUCACGUGGUGGUUAGUGGCUGGUAUAUUCCUGGAGAUAGUCAUCUUUCUUACUGUAUUGGUACCCUUGCUUGUGAAGAAUAGGGAGUUUUCUCACACUCACUUGACAAGAAUUCCGAAACUGUUACGAAGAAAAUGUAUUGUCAAAUGAGUAUCACUUUGCAUAGUUCGCUGUGUGAACGCAAUUGUUAAUACACUGCAUACACGGCGUUAUUUCCAGUAGGAAAUGGUUGCUCCUAAAUAUUAUGCAUAGCAGUGUUUUAUCAAUUUUCAAUCAAUAUCAAAUUGUUGUGUGCUAUAAAUACUACCGUGUGAGUCAAAACAAAAAAAAAGAGAAAAAUCAACAACUUGACACCUCACAAAGUCCCAAUUCAAUAAGAAAACAUAUUAACACGUAACCAUUGUAUAUAGCUGGAAAGAGUAUCUUCUCCCAAAUACUUUAAUACCAUAUUUAUGUGGUAUUUCUUCACGCCUGGAUCAAUAGGCAUUCUUUGCAGGGAUGUGAAUUUUGAUUUGCGCCAAAGGCAUGACCGUAACAAAUGUGAACCCAGAUGCCAAUGAAGUCAUAAUCCUACAUGAUUUAAUAAACAUGUUUGCAAAUCCCUUUUCAAUAAGGUUAUCUUCAGAACUGAUUUAUAAUGUAAAUUACAGAAAAGGUGUUUUGAAAUUGAUUUUAAUGCAACCCUUGGAA